AUGAUUCCAGGAACAAAUAAUUCAAGUAAAAUUCAAGAUGAUAAUAUAGAUGAAUCACUAUCUGAGAAUAAUUUCAUUGAUAAAAUUAAAGAACUUCAAGAAGAAUCACAAGGAAGGUCACAAGAAAGACUACAAGAAAGACCACAAGGAAGAAUUAUACUUGAAAUAGAUGAAUUAGAAAUGAGUGAACAAGAAAAAAAUGAGUCAGAAAAUAAGAUCAAUAAUACUAUAACAUUAAUUAAUAAUUUUUCUAAUCCAGAGACUCAACAAUUGAUAUUUAAUAUUGAAAAAUAUAUUUAUAUAAUUGAUCAACUAGCUAGAACAGAGGAUAUAUUAACAGAAAAUAUUAUUAUCAAAAUAGCUAUUAAUGAAUUUUACAAUAAUAAUAAAACUGAUGAUGAUAAAACUGAUGAUGAUAAGAGAUUACUAUCAUCUCCAAUAACUGUUACAGAGGCUAUUGAAGUAUUGAAAAAAGUUAUAAGUUAUCAAAAAAGUCUUGAAGUUAGAAAGGAAUUUAAUAAGAAUGAAUUAAAAAUAUUGUGA